CAGAUACUAAUAGCAAACAUGCAGAUCUUUGUUAAAACCCUGACAGGCAAGACCAUAACACUUGAGGUUGAGCCCAGUGACACCAUUGAAAAUGUCAAGGCAAAAAUUCAGGAUAAAGAAGGAAUCCCACCUGACCAGCAACAUUUGAUCUUUGCUGGUAAGCAGUUGGAAGAAGGCCGCACACUAUCUGACUACAACAUCCAGAAAGAAUCAACUUUGCAUUUGGUGCUUCAUCUGAGAGGGGGCGAUUGCUAAACUACUGUUGUACUUUGCUUCAUUGUUGUUGGUAGUCAUCUUGCCUCUAGCUUAAAAGUUCAUUAAAGUGUGUUCCCAUGUCAUUCAAAAUAAAAUUGUUGUAAGCUUAAAAAA